AUGGAGUCGGAAACGGAGUCGGAAACGGAGUCGGAAACGGAGUCGGAAACGGAGUCGGAAACGGAGUCGGAAACGGAGUCGGAAACGGAGUCGGAAACGGAGUCGGAAACGGAGUCGGAAACGGAGUCGGAAACGGAGUCGGAAACGGAGUCGGAAACGGAGUCGGAAACGGAGUCGGAAACGGAGUCGGAAACGGAGUCGGAAACGGAGUCGGAAACGGAGUCGGAAACGGAGUCGGAAACGGAGUCGGAAACGGAGUCGGAAACGGAGUCGGAAACGGAGUCGGAAACGGAGUCGGAAACGGAGUCGGAAACGGAGUCGGAAACGGAGUCGGAAACGGAGUCGGAAACGGAGUCGGAAACGGAGUCGGAAACCGGAGUCGGAAACGGAGUCGGAAACGGAGUCAGAAACGGAGCCGGAAUCGGAGUUGAAAACGGAGUCGGAAACGGAGUCGGAAACGGAGUCUCGGAAACGGAGUCGAAAAUUGAGUCGAAAACGGAGUUGGAAACUGAGUUGGAAACGGAGUUGGAAACGGAGUUGGAAACGGAGUUGGAAACGGAGUUGGAAACGGAGUUGGAAACGGAGUUGGAAACGGAGUUGGAAACGGAGUUGGAAACGGAGUUGGAAACGGAGUUGGAAACGGAGUUGGAAACGGAGUUGGAAACGGAGUUGGAAACGGAGUUGGAAACGGAGUUGGAAACGGAGUUGGAAACGGAGUUGGAAACGGAGUCAUAA